UUUUAAUUCUUUCUUCGACAAAACGAGCUGUCGUUGACGUUGAUUAGGCGCCAUGAUCCUCUAGUGUAUUGUGGUCUGUUCUUUUCAGAGUUCACAUUUGUCAGUGAUUUUUAGGUUAGGGCGAGAUUGAGAUUGUAAAAAGAGAUUGAAGCGAUAAUGUUGUCGUCUUCUGCGGUGUUAAAUGUUAUAAGCAGGUGCAUUUCUACAUCAACUCCUGUAAAUCAUAUAAUUAAAUUAAGUCGAUUGAGGGUAGUGGACAACAGUGAGAUAGGAAGGCUAGCUAUGAUGGAAGGUAGACCACCACGUUGUAUACACAUCUAUAAGAAAGGAAAAGUAGGGUAUAUCGGUGACAGAGUUUUAGUUGCAAUAAGGGGAGAAAAGAAAAAGGGUAUAUUAGUUGGUUUGAAGCAAAAACAGGCCCCUAAAGUUCCAAAGUUUGACAGCAACAAUUUGGUGCUCAUAGAUGACAAUGGGACGCCUCUGGGUACAAGAAUACAUGUGCCUAUUCCGCACAUACUCCGAACAAAAAUGAAAGAAAAGACCCACAUCAAAGGAGCAGAUUAUACUAAACUAUUAGCGAUUGCAUCCAGAUUUGUAUAGUAUAUCUUGUUCACUAUUAUAAUAUAGAAAUGUAUUGAAUAUUUCAAUAGAAUCUUUAAUUGUUUAAUAUAAA